AUGCCGGUAGUGAGCGGCUGGUGGUGCAACCGAGUAUGUCUGUUGACCUUGCAGGUAAUGAAUGUCACAGAGCCAGAGUCCAGCUUUGCUUUUGUAAGAGAAUUUGUUCUCCAAGGCUUCACCUGUGAGUGGAAGAUUCAAGUCCUUCUCUUCUCACUCUUCACUACAACAUAUGGUCUCACCAUCAUGGGGAAUAUGGCUAUCAUUUAUGCCCUGUUCUGUGACCAGAGACUCCAUAGUCCCAUGUACAUGUUCCUAGGGAAUUUCUCCUUCCUAGAAAUCUGGUAUGUCUCUUCGACAGUGCCCAAGAUGUUGGUCAACUUCCUUUCAAACAAAAAAACCAUCUCUUUUGCUGGAUGCUUCCUCCAGUUCUACUUCUUCUUUUCUUUGGGUACAUCUGAAUGCUUUCUUUUGACUGUCAUGGCCUUUGAUCGGUACCUGGCUAUCUGCCGUCCCUUGCAUUACUCCAAUAUCAUGAGUGGGAGUUUCUGUUCCAAAUUGGUCAUUAUCUGCUGGUCUUGUGGGUUCCUGUGGUUCUUAGUCCCCAUUGUUCUAAUCUCGCAGAUGCCCUUCUGUGGUUCAAACAUUAUUGACCAUGUUGUAUGUGACCCAGGCCCGCUCUUUGCAUUGGUUUGUGGUUCUGCUCCAAGAACUCAACUGCUUUGUUACACUCUUAGUUCUUUAGUUAUCUUUGGCAACUUUUUCUUCAUUCUUUGUUCCUAUACACUUGUCUUGAUUGCUGUACUUCACAUGCCUUCAGCCAUUGGGAGACAUAAAGCCUUUUCCACUUGUGGGUCUCAUUUAGCUGUGGUAUCACUGUUUUAUGGUUCUCUGAUGGUCAUGUACGUGAGUCCAGGACUUGGACAUUCUGCUGGGAUGCAGAAAGUUGCAACUUUGUUCUAUGCUAUGGUGACCCCACUUUUCAACCCUCUCAUCUACAGCCUCCGGAAUAAAGAAAUAAAGGCAGCCCUGAGGAAAGUUCUAGACAGCAUAUAA